AUGAACAGUUAUGGCGACAUGGUGCCGGCUACAAUAACAGGCAAAAUAGUUGGUGGCGUUUGCUCCCUGUCCGGUGUGCUGGUCAUCGCCCUCCCUGUGCCGGUCAUUGUGUCCAACUUUUCUCGCAUUUAUCACCAAAACCAGAGGGCAGACAAACGGAAGGCACAAAAGAAAGCCCGAAUGGCGCGCAUCCGUAUCGCCAAAGCGACGUCUGGGGCGGCGUUUGUCAGCAAAAAGAAGGCCACCGAAGCCCGUCUGGCCGCUCAGGAGGCCGGACAGGACACCGACGACUCACCAGAAGAUAUAUUUGAGUUACAACAUCACCACCUGCUUCAGUGUCUCGAAAAGACCACGGAUCGAGAGUUCGUGGAGCUGGAGGUGCCAUAUAAUGGUCAACCGAAUCGACUGUCAUCCACACCCCCUCUGUCGCCGGUGGCCUCCAUAGCCAUAGCCCCGGCCCGGACGGCCAGAAACCUGUUAUGCUCUUGUUGUGGCGGCAAAAAGGAUUACGAG